UCUCUAGUUCCCAUUUGACAGAAUGCUGAAAAUGAAGGAAUAGUAAUUGCAACAAUUCUCUACAAUGUUAGAAGGGCUUGCAGCAUGGGUUUUGAACACAUACGUAGGGGAGUAUGUGGAGAAUUUGAACACACGUCAAUUGUCUAUAGCCUUGCUACAAGGUGCAGUGGAGCUGGAAAAUUUGCCACUAAAGAAAGAUGCCCUCAAAAGUCUUGGUUUGCCUUUACAGGUUAAAUCAGGUUUUAUUGGAAAGAUAACCCUACAUAUUCCUCUACGAAGACUCCACAGCGAACCCUGGGUGAUUUCUAUAGAGAGGUUAUAUCUGGUAGCUGGACCAUUGAAAAAUGCUGAGUAUGAUGAAGAAAAAGAAAAACAAGCUGAUGCAGCCAGGAAAACAAAAAUGUUGGAAGCUCUUGAGUCAAAACUACAGGUUGAGAAAGUUGUGAAGAAUGAAUCCUCGUGGUUCUCAUAUGGUACAUCUGUGGUGGCAAACAUCCUAGAAAACCUACAGUUGAAUAUCAAGGAUGUUCACAUCAGAUAUGAAGAUGAUGUUACAAACCCAGGGUGUCCAUUUUCAUUUGGUGUGGUCAUCAAGAACCUAAGUGCGCAAAGUACAGAUGGAUCGUGGAUACCAAAGUUUGUUAGUCGAGACAAUGUAGAGAUGAUGCACAAGUUGGUUGAUCUUCAAAAUUUCUCUCUGUAUUUUGAUACAAACACAACAUUGGUGGGUGACCUACCUAAAAAUGACAUGACAAACAAUUUACAAAGAGAGAUGUAUGUGUCAAGUAUAACUAACCAGUUUAAGGACCAUGAGUAUAUAUUAUCGCCAGUGUCAGCUAAAGCAAAGAUGAAGCGUUACACCACACCGCUCCCACUACGGGACAAAAAUAUCCCUCGUAACAAUAUAGACUUGAACCUUGAGAACAUGGCAUUUGCCCUUAGUGAAAAUCAGUACAGAAAUAUAGUUAUGUUACUCCGAGAGUUUGAGAAGUAUGAGAAAAGUAAACCAUACAGGAAAUGGAGACCAGACUGCGCUGUGAUUAACAAUGCAAGGAGGUGGUGGCAGUUUGCUAUUGAAGCCAGAUUAUCCAUUAUACAGGACAAAAAGAGGCGACUUACUAAAGAUUUCUUAACAAACCGGGUUAAAGAUAUUGUUCUUUAUACAAACAUUUACACAGCUCAACUGAAGAAAGAAUAUAUUGAUGCCACAUUAAAGACUAGUCAAGCUAGAAUAGAAGAGGAAUGGACAUUUGAUGAAAUAAAGAUAAUCAGAGAGCACGUGUUCAGAAAGCUGAUCAGACAGGGAGUCUUGUCAAAGGCCCCUUCACCUGAGCCUGAGCCAAGUACCAGAAAAUCAGCUGAUUCCCCUCCUGAAGAUAAGUCAUUACUUCAACGCUGGUUCCCAGGUUGGGGAGGAUGGUAUGGUUCCCAGUCAGAAAAGCCAGACUCGGCAGUGGGUACAAGCCUGGAGCCAGAUGAAGAUGUUGAUGAUACUGGAGAGCCUCCUCCAAAAAUAUCUAAGUCUGAAUUGGGUUUACUUGAACCAGAUAUUGAUGGUUCAGGCAUCGUACCAGAGCAAGAACUGCGGGACGAGGUAGAGUUUGUUCUCGGAGAUGGGGAAGAUGAUAAAUCUGUCUUGAAGAGAGAUGCUGUGUUUGCUAAACUCAAUUUCUGCUUGAGUAGUGGCUCUUUCAAAGUGCUAGGAAAUAAAACCCUACAGGAAACUGGUGAUGUACUGACCUACAGUAUCCUGGAGUUAGAGUGUUCUGCUAUAGAGAUGAUGUUUGAAUCCCGACCUAGAACCGGUGGCUUCACAUUCGGCCUCAAUGUUGGUGGUCUUAGACUGCUAGACAAAAUGACAGAAAAUUCACAGUUCCCAUGUCUUAUAGGGUCACAGAAUAAGGAGAGAUUUGGACCAAAGAAGCAGAUGGGACCACCAGGGUUUCAGAAAACUUCCAAGAUAACCCCAGUACAGGAGGAAACAGACACCAAACUGUUUGAAUUAAAGUUUGAGAAAAAUCCAUUUCAAACAGCUGCUAAUUACAGGUUUAAUAUAUUGACUCAGCCACUAGACAUUGUGUACAAUACUGCAGCUUUCAACAGGGUGAAAGAAGUGUUCUCAUCCAAGCAUACAUACAUUGCUAAGAAAUCUGAAACUUCUCUGUCAGCUGCUGCUCGGAGACAGUAUGAAACACUGAAACGUCAGACUCAGUCAGAGUUAAAACAUUCUUUGAUACAAAUUUUAGAAGGAUCAGAAAAGAUAAAGAGAUGGGAGGUACACCUGGAUGUUGCAGCUCCCCAAAUCAUUAUUCCAGAGAAUUUUGUAUCAGAGAACACGAGUAUGGUGGUGUUAGACCUGGGACAUCUCAAGUUUGAAAAUGCUCUUAGUGAAACACCAAAUAAGGAAAGUCCGGAGAAUAAUGAAGAUGAAUUUCUGACUCCAAUGUCGACCCCACCCAAUGAACCAGAGGAAGGUCCACAGAAAAGUUUAGAUAUAGAACAAUUGUCACAGAUGGAGCUUUCAGAAUCACAGCUGUACAGCAGGAUAUAUGACCAGUAUACACUGGAACUGACAGACCUUCAGGUCAUGGCAGGCAAAAUGAAGGACAACUGGAAACACAUACAUCACAGGAAUAGUACACCAUUACAUCUCGUAGACAGAUUCACUAUUACUCUCCAGUUAGAAAGACGGUUGAUAUACACCACAGAUCCACAAUACCCCACUGUUAUAGUGUCAGGAAACCUGCCGUCACUUACUGUACAUGUGAAUGAACAAAAGGUUCAAAUAAUCAAUGCCUGUUUGAAGUCACUGUCUUCAACAUCCAACCUAAGUCAAACAGUGAAAUCUUCUGGUAGUAGUCAGUCUCUGACAGAGUCCUCUAGUGGUGUGAAUAUUGGAGAUCUAGGGGAGGUUACUCUAGAAGAAUCUAUAAGAACAGACAAAGAUGACAGUGCAGACAAGAAGUUGAAAGAAUUGUUGGAAGUGUCACAGCUGUUCUUGAUGAACUUCACUAUCAAACAUAUGUCUCUAGAAAUACACAGCCGAGAUCGAGCAGUGGCAGAAUUACAGGUAGCUGGUGUGAGGACCAGCAUAACUAAGCGACCAUACGACACCAGUGUUAAACUGAUGGUACACAGUCUGCUAGUAGUAGAUGCUCUUCAGACUUAUGGACGAGAUUUUGAACUGCUUGUUGCAUCCCACAGGAAUAUAACAAUGGACAGUGCCAGCGGGAGUAUUCGUGAUUCAGCAGCAACAUCUCCCAUGAUGACUUCACCAAAGUCACCUCCAGGAUCACCAAUGGAGCAUGCUCCAACAGUAUCAACAAGUGGGGGACUACAAGAUGUUGUCUCAAGGGCAUUUCAGACAUUGAUUAACAUAGGGGAUAAAACACCAAAGGUGUCAAUGCCUGAGAGUACAGCUGGACAUGAGGCGUCCUGUACACCAGACAGUGAGGCCCUCAUAGUGGUUGAGUUUGAUAUGAUUGCAGCUAACUCUCCCAGUAAUACUAACAUUGAAGGGCCUCUCAACACAGCAAAUUUACAGUUUAACAACCUCGAUAUUAUUGCUAACCAGGAAACUGUAGUUGAGAUUGUCAGUUUCUUGAAGAGAACGGUACCCAAGACGAAAAAACCAUCUGGGUUACGGCAACUGUCUGCUCCAAGUAAUUUGACAGUAAACCAGUCCAUGUUUGCUGGUUUGUCUCAGUUGGAUACAGAAAAAUCCAAAACUGAACUGACGGCAGAUUUUAAUCGGUUGUCUGUUAUGAUGAUGAGAUUAGACUACAGUUCUGGAGGGAAGGCCGCAAGGAAAGUUGCCACGGCAACCAUGUCAUGUGCUAGAGUCCAGGCUAGUAUAGGCUCGGAGCUAAGUAUGUCAGGCUCUCUUGGAGGAUUUCACGUGUUUGAUGUUACACCAGAAAAUAAACGUCAUCGCAGACUUUUUACUGCUGGCCAUGAUGUUUGCCGGGAAAGUGUUCUAACUCCAAACAUCUCUAGAACUGCUAAUGAAUCAGAACCAUUUGACAACGAUGAUAAUAAAGCAUUUUCAUUCAGUUUUAGCAAACCUUUGAGUAACAAUGGUGAAGCCUAUUUAGAUUCUACUAAUGCAGAAGAUACAAAAAAGGUCAGUUUGAAGGUUGCCUCCCUUUGCUACACACAUUCACCAAGAACUUUGAAUGAAUUGUCACUGUGUGUGUCAGAAUUCAAGGAGUACAGAACUUCAGUUGCACAGUCUAUUAAAAGUGUAGCUAGUGAGGUUGCUAAGGGAAUGGUUGCUAAGCGAUCAGAAUUAGGUCUAGGUCAAAGUUCAUUAUACGGAAGUUCAAGCAGCUUAGAGGGGUUUGGUGGCUCAAGACAAAAACUGAAUAUAGCUCCAGAAAAAGCAGAGUCUGAAUAUUUUGAAAAUAUGACAUUUUGUGAGGAGGCUGAAACUGUGGAAACUAGAAUAGAAUUAGAUGCUUCGUUUGAUUCACCUAUUAUUGUUGUGCCAAAAAAUGCAACUAGUGCAAAUGUACUAGUUGCUCAUCUUGGUGAGAUUACAGUAAGCAAUACGGUAGACAAAAGUCAAGGUCACUCGUUUGAAGAUGUCUUGACAGAUGGGGAAGGGCAAAGACCGGACCGUAUAUUCAUGGAAGUGCGUAACAUGAACCUUUAUGCUGCAGAUAUUGACAAAAAUACACAGACAUGUAAAAAUUCUAUAAAUUUAGAUGGGUCUGUGGAUUAUAGAUCAUUGACUGUAGGGAGUGAAUUUGGAACACCAAUUUUAUUUGACACUACAGUACAUGUGACUAUAGACCAUACAACAGGAGGAACUUCUGUGAUAAAUGCAAACAAUGUUGGUGAAUUUCCUGGACAUUUUCAGCCAAAAGAUGUAAAUGACAUGUACUAUGAGCAAGAAAGUCAGCCAGUGUUGGACAUGAAGGCAAAAAUACAAACCCCACUUAAACUUGUGCUUCAAAAAAGUGUCUAUGAGCAGAUUCUGCAGACAUCAGAUUAUAUGUCUAGUGCAGAUGAGAAUGUAGAGCAGACUGAGUCCAAUUUUAACCAGAAUGCAACUAGUGCAGACAGUCUGCCAAAAAGUAUGACUGGUUCACCAGAUGGUUCUACACAGCCUGAGAGCUUAUCUUCAAGCAGACUUUCUAGUUUGAACCAGUCUCAGACUACCAAAUUAUUUGUAACAAAGAAACUUAAAUUAGAGGUUCCAUUGUUCAGUGUUGAACUAAGAGGUGAUUUCGGUGAAGGCGAGCGGGGAGUUGUGGAAUUAAAACUUCAUAGAUUUCUUCUCGACUUCCUCAAAGACAAUCCCGCCACAACGAAAGUAGAAGUUUUUCUAAAAUCUCUAGUAAUGGAUGAUUUAUUAGAAAAAGCAGACUCUCCUCACAGACAGAUUAUGGUUUCUAAGGAACCACAGAAAGAUGAUUUUGCAGACAUGAAACCUCGAGAGUUCUUGUCACAGUCCUGUCCAGAUAAUGCUAUUGUUGCUCCAGUACCUGUGAUGCCGCAUUCUUUACCAAGUAGUUUCCACAAUCUUGCGCCAACUGUUAACCAGCCUGUGGUCACUGAGCCCUUAAUUAGACCAUUCUUGACAACACAGACAUUUGCUAGAAGCAGAUUUCAACAAGGGGCCAGUCCAAGCACGCCUCCUCCAACACCCCAUUUUUCACGUAGGUACUCUCACGACGAGCUUUCAGGAGAAAAUCUUGUUCACAUCUCAGUUCUCUUAGUGGACAAAGCAUCACCUGAGUAUAAAGAAAAAUACAAUGAAACUAAAAGGUUUGUCGAUGUUGAUUUCAACUGUCUGGACACAAAAAUAAAUCAACAGACAUGGGUAGUGUUGUUGGAUUUUCUUGGCCUUGGAGCAAAAGUACAUGACGUGGACAUACUGGCUGGGAAGGAAUCUGAUCCAAAAAAUAAACCAGUCAAUCCUGAAGAGUAUGAGCAACCUGUUGUGAACUCUGAGAUCAAACUAAAGAUUGAGAACUUGUCUAUAAUACUGAACAAACCAGAGUACCAAUUCUCACAGGCCAGUAUCUCCAAGAUGAACUCACAUCUGUCACUUAGGGAUGGAAACUUUCAUAUGAAAGGUCACCUUGGGAAGAUGUGUGUCCUUGACCUGUCACCUAGUGGCAUAUUGUACAGGGAGCGAUUUUUGACUGUUGGUGACCAAGCUCUGGAAUUUGACUUUUUCAAGUAUGGUUUGCCAGAUCCUUGGUUGAAGCGUGAAUAUGACAUGAAGUUAAAGUUACGUAUGUCCUCAGUUCGUUACACACAUACCAACAAAUUCCAGGCAGAGAUGCUAGGAUUUGUUCAACAUUUUCUACAGUUACAGGAUGUUCUGGGCAGAAUGAGAGCAGCUUCAGCUGGGAAAAAGAUCAAUGAAGAAGCCUUUCACCAACCCCGGAUAUUGUUUGAUGUUGAAGCUGGCUCACCAAUUAUACUCAUACCUCACAGUACAAAAACUACUGACGUUCUUGUUGCAGAUCUUGGUAGACUGUCUGUAAGAAACUGUUUUAAAUUUGAUGGUGAUUCUGGAACAUUUAAUGCUGAGGACCAGUCUGAAAAACUGAAAACACCAACUGAGAACCAGACUGAAUCUGGUUCAGAUAGGGGCUUUGCUAGAAGUUCAGUGUCAAGGUCAAAUUCUCAGACUUCUGUGAGAUCUGUGAACAGUCGGACUGGUAUCAUUACUUCAAGAAGUAUUUCUCAAACAGAUGGGUCCCAGUCUGGAAUGCAGUCUGUUCUUUCCGUGGAUUCAUUUGAGGAUAUACUGCAGCAAAGUAGAGAUCAAGACCCAAUGACAUCAAGUGUGUAUGGAAGUCUUGAACAUGAUACCAGAUUUGAUUCAGAUAUCUAUGACCCCACGGAGUUGACCUCUGAGGGGUCAAGUGUGGACCCUGAAUCUCCAAGACCUGGUUCUGGUCGUAAUAUUUCCUUGUCAGAAAAUUUGCUUCUCCAGUCAAUGCAUACAAGUCCUGUAACCAGUCCAUUGUUGAGUAAUGCUUCUCCUUUAAGUGAUGUUACACUUACUGAAAAUGUGACUGGUUUUGCUAAAACUAAUGCAUCUCUAGAAGACAAUGUUGCCAUGGAAACUGAUGAACACAAGUGCUUGUUGGAUGUACUUGAUGUGCGUCUAUGUGAUAUGGAUCUGUUUGCAGCAGAAAGAGUGGAGAAGAGACAGUAUAAAGGCAAGAAUCUUCAGCAGGAUCUAGAGUUUCCAUCUUGUGUCAUUCAGAGACAGGGCUGUAAGCUGUUGAAGGAGAAAUGUAUGCUGGACCUUCAGAUAGAGAGAAACUUGGAGGGUGAUUCGAGUCAUGCCGUCCCAGACUUCCGUGUACAGGGGGCGCUGUCUUCCGUCCACUGUUGUCUUGACAUCACACAGUAUAAGCUUAUUAGAGGUUUACUGGAUCAUAACUUGGGAGAAAAGUUUGAGAAUUUCAAGAAAGAACUGCUAACACACAUGCAGAAUCCAAAUGUUCAGACUGUACUAAGUGGUGAUGUUUGGACAAUGAUUUCCAUGGCAGUUGACCUUAACAAUGUGACCUUGGAACUGUUGACCUCUCAUAAGCUUGAACCAACCCAGCCAGAGGUCAGCUUGGCUAAACUGGACUUCAUACGUUCCAGGUUGUCAUAUGACCUGUUUUCUGACCAGUCAAAGGAGACUAACCUAGUUUCUAAAGAAAUACUAGUUCAUGAUACCAGGUUCAGAGAUAUGGCAAUUAAUCUUAGACCGAGUGUGUUUGAGAAGAUACUGCGACCAACGAAAGAUGCUAGCCCCGACAGUUUACAGCUUGAGCUUCACUAUAGAGCCACAGUAGAGAGCACGGGAUUAAAGGUCAUCAUAAACAACAUGAACUUGCUCUGCAGUUUUGACUGGAUCAUCGCCUUACAGCAGUUUAUAGUUACAAAACCAGACAAUCCAUUCCUCACUAAGUCUGAUCAGGGUAGAGCAGAUGAAAGUUCUGAAGAAGUUCAGUCGCCAACACUAUCAUCGUCCAGUAAGGGCUCACGCACUACCAGUCCCCUGAUGACUUCUGGUGGUAUUAUUACCAAGAGAGCCGGUCCUCUUGGUGAACAGAAUGAUGUUCCAUUUGAGUUGAAGUUAAAUGUGACAGACACAGAGUUUGUAGUUGUUGAGAAUCUUGCAUCAGCUGACACCAAUGCUGUCAUUCUCAAGUGUACAUCUGAUUUAUCCUACCGGCCAAAAGCUCAGGACAAGUUACUCUCAUGCACUCUUCAGAGCUUGGAGAUUUUCUCUUGCUCUCUACAGGCGGAGGAAGAAACAGCCUUAUCCAUUGUAGAUCCUAUGUCAGUGACCAUUGAAUUGAUCACAAAUCCUCUACCAAUACUGAAACCAAACACAAUGAGUGCUGGAUUAGUUGAUGCAGCCCAGUUUGAUCUCAAACAAAUGUUGCUAGAUGUGCAGUGUAAGACAAUGAAUGUUAGACUGUCAUACCAGGAUAUGAAGAUGUUUCUAGCCAUCAUGGAUUCUCUACCUAAACAGGCAUUACAGGCCAAACAACCACCAGAAUCUUCAGUGUCACAGUUGACAGAGACCCAGGUGGCAAAGUUAAUUGACAUGAACUUUAGCAGAGAAGAUUGUUUGAAGUCAUUAAAGGUUAAGAGAGAUAAUCUGGAGGAGGCUGCAGUAUGGUUGACAGAGAAUGCAAAGGUUGUUAAACCAAAGAAGGAUGAGACCAAAAUAACAGUUGUUGAGGUGAACAUGACAACAUUUUGCCUAUGUCUGAUAGAUGACUGUCAAGAUGCUGAUGUACCACUUAUACAACUCAACUUCUUUGGUAUUGAUCUAAAAUAUGAGCCUGGUAGGGAAGGCAAAGCUGGAUUCAAGAUUGCUGGGGAUUAUUACAACAGGACACUGUCGGGCUGGGAACCACUCAUUGAACAAUGGAGGUGUCAUGCUCAGUGGAAAAACUACAAACAGACAGAGGAAAAGCUAGCAGUAGAAAUUUCAGGUAAUUUAGCAAAUUUUGCUGAGUUUUCACAGUUUUCUGUAAACAAUCUCUUAUUUAUGAAAAAUAGGUUAUCAAUGGACCAGCUAUUCUAGAAAACUGAAAUUAGUUACAACUUAAUAUAAAUGUAAAAUGUGUUUUAAUGUGGAUAUUUAAUCAUAAUUUCAUUAACUCAACCUUUAUAGAGGAUAAAUACCUCAUGCUAAAGGAAUGGUCCUCUAAUGCACAAGACAAAAUAAGUGCCUGUAAUAAAGAUUCUAUUUGAAUGCUGUUGUAUUAGGUUGAAGGUCAGUCGCCUCAACCCAGUGAUUGUUUGGUAGAAACUUUUAAAAGUCACUAUCAUAUAUCACAACUGGGUCCAUAUUCAUUAACAACUCUUAAAGUGUAAAAUUUCCUUUUUGCUCUCAGUUUUAAACUGCCACAAUUCUAAUGAAACUUUGCAUUAAUGUGCAGUUAGCAGUUAAAGAGGGCUGAAAGUAUCAAAUGUUAAAACUUUACAGAAAGCAGAACAUUUGCUGUUAUUAAGUUGAAUAUGAGC